AUGGGCGAUGGUGGGGGUGGGAGGACUCUGCAAGAGAUUGAUGCCGGAGCCAACGCUUGCAGCGUGGAGUGGUGUCCUACAGCCGGGUUGGAACACUACGUAUCCUGCGCUACCUACUCGCUAGCCAGCGAUGACACCUCACAGGACAACGCUGCUCCCACGGGUAGCUUGGAUGACACGGAGACCCGCGCCGGUGCCGCGCAGACGAGAACAGGGAGCAUCGUACUCCACAAGCUUGCCUGCACACCUCCAACAUCGCCACCGGCCCCAGCUGGUCAAGACACCGCACCCAGUUCCAGUGCGCGCCUUGAAGAAGCCGCUAGCGUGUCGCUUGACGGAGGAGUCUUGGACUCGAAGUGGUCUCCACAGCCCUUGACAGACAGCAGCGGGGCAGCCGUGCUGGCCUGCGCCACAUCUACGGGCCGCCUUGCCCUUUACACGCUGUGUGCACCCGGUGCUGGCCAGCGGGAGGAGCAGGAGGAAUCGGGAGAGCGUACAGAGUUGCGGCAACUUUCGUGUAGUGACAAGAAGGACAACUUGCUUUUGUCUCUGGACUGGAGCGGGGGGGGAAUGGCAAAUGCUAAGAUUGUGGUGAGCCAGUCCGACGGGGCAGUGGCCAUCUGGCGGUUGCAUCCAAACGGUGGCGCCCCCAUUCAAGAAAUAGAGCCGUGGCAUGCCCAUGCGCUACGAGGGGGGGCGCCGACAGAGGCAUGGAUUUCGUUUUUUCGAAGACCGGAGUGUGCAGGGGAGGACGGGGCCUCUUUCGUAGUGUCAGGAGCCGACGAUGCUGCCAUGAAAGGGUGGGAUCUGCGGGCGGGCGGAGGUUCGAACGGAACCUCGCCGGCGUUCGUUUGCAAAGGCCAGCACGGGGCGGGCGUGACGGCGGGGCAAUGGCAUCCUACUCUUCCGCACGUGUUUGCCAGCGGGAGCUACGAUGAGAGCGUGCGGAUCUGGGAUGCAAGAACCAUUCGCGAACCCGUGUCGUGCACCCCAACCGGGGGGGGGUUGUGGCGAUUAAAGUGGCACCCAGAUCCCGACCGAGGAAAUCUUCUCCUUGCCGCCUGCAUGCACGCGGGGAUGCGUGUCUUGGACACGGGGAUGGACAUAAGUCAUACCCUGGGGCACGGGUCGCAAUCUAGCUUGGCCGGGAACGGGGAACUCGAGGUGCCGAAGGGGAUAGUGGCCAAAUACACACGACAUGCUUCAAUGGCGUACGGUGCGGAUUGGUGCCUGUUGCCAACGAUGCUGCGAAGUCGCUGCGCGGUGAUCGCGAGCUGCUCCUUCUACGAUAGUCUAUUUUGCCUUUGGCAGACGACCCCGCUGUGGGCCCAAUAG